AUGGAGCGGCUGCGGCAGAAGGUGGCUGGCCUGCACACCUGCGCUGAGGAGUACACGGAACAGUGGCAGCAGCAGCACGUCCGCCUGCUGGCACUUCUGGGCAACGCGCAGGCAAUCCUGGGCAGGCUGCCGGUUCUGGCCAACCGUGCCAGCUAUGGCGUCUUGGCGGAGGUGGAGGGAUACACUGAGCGGCUGCAGGCACAGCAAGUGGGGGCACUCGAGGGCCUUCUCAGCAAGUGUCACGAUGCAAUGGCCUCCCUCCGCGCAUGUGCGCAGGGCCUGUCCCGCUGCGCCCGCGACGCGCAGCGCCAGGUGGCGUCCCAGCGGCCUCAGCUGACAGUGCAGCAGCUGGUGGGCCACAGCGGCUGCGAGGCGUCGCUGCAAAGCUGCAUUGAUGGGCUGCGCCAGGUGGCCCAAAUGUACGAGGACGAGUAUCGCUUGAUCGAGGCUGCGGUCCCGCGCUUCUCUUACGGCGCUGCCCCCGGCGAGCUGGCCGCCACUGCGGCCCUUCUGGGCGACCAGCCCAGCGUGCAGCACGCCACAAUAAGCGAAAUCCUCGAAAAAGGUCGGCUGACGUCAACUGGGGAGCGACGUUCGUAGUGGAGGCGCGACACUGACCUCGCGCGGGGGGGAUCUUCCGCCGCCCAAGCACGGCCAUGCUGUGCCAUCGGACUGGCCACCACAGCAAGUUGCCUGCUUGCCAUUGGUGCAUGCCGCUCGAUGGGCGGACUGCCACGUCGGAUUCGCGCAGCAGCUCCGGACCCGCGUGCAUGCCCAGGCCGUCCACACUGCUCGGUGUUGGGCUGGAGCGAGUCACUGCGCGAAUACGACGGGUUGACUGCCAGCUCAGACAAUCUCUGAAUUUGCUUCGGCCAAGGGACUGGAGCAAUUACAACCCACCAACUCUUCCUGUAGUCGGACGGCCAGGAGGCCGGUUGUGGAGCACGAAUGCAUGGCUGUUGCGCGCUUUCCGAGGGCCGCCCGUAUGUGCACAUGACGCUUGUUAUUGCACCGAGUCCUGAAGGCCGGCUUCUUGCGGAUUUGUUGACUAGCCCAUCAAAGUAGUCAACUGCUCAAUCCUCUGAAAGUGCCGACACGGCCCACUGGCCACUGUCAACAGAAUGUUUGGUCCUAGCCGGUUGAUUUGAC